AUGGCUCCUGACCUUGAUGCUCUCGCAAACUUCAGGACCGACGGAUACAAAGGCCUGAAAGAGCCUGGUGGCGACGCAUAUGAGAUCCCCGAUAUCCAGCCGAACAGCCCCUUGGCACGAAAGAUAAGGGUGCUGUCCAUCGGAGCCGGUGUUACGGGCAUUCUGAAUGCAUACAAUAUCCAAAAACACUGCCAGAAUGUGGAACAUGUCAUCUACGACAAGAACCAUGAUAUUGGCGGUACUUGGCUUGAAAAUCGAUAUCCCGGGUGUGCUUGUGAUAUACCGAGCCAUGCAUAUACUUAUCCAUUUGCUUUGAAUCCCGACUGGGCUCAAUGUUUCUCUCAUGCACCCGACAUCUGGGCGUACCUUGACAAAGUCUGCUCUGUGUGGGACCUUCGAAAGUAUAUGACAUUCAACACGGAGGUAGUGGUCAGACUGAAGCGCACAAACCCAGAUGGCACAACCCAAAUCUUCGAGGAUUGGUGCCAUCUUCUUUUACAUGGCACAGGCAUCUUGAACAACUUCAAGUGGCCGGAUAUCGAAGGUACAAAGGCCUUGGAGUGCUGUUCAAGUCCAAGGGUUGACGGAGUAUUCGUACAGGUUAUUCACACAGCAAGAUGGCCGAAGGACUAUCAGUCUCAGCAGUGGAAACAAGAACGUGUGGCGGUAAUCGGGUCAGGAGCUAGUAGCAUUCAGACGAUUCCUUCCAUGCAGCCACAUGUCAAACACAUGGAUGUAUUCGUGAGAACCGGUAUUUGGUUUGUCGACAUUGCGGACAAUCACGGUCAGAAUCAUGUGUAUACGGCGGACCAGAAAUCCGACUUUCAUCAGGAUCCAGCUAAGCUGGUUGAGCACGCAAAGUCAAUCGAGGACAAGGUCAAUGGUAUAUGGCCAGCGUUCUAUAGCAACUCGACGGCCCAGGAGGAAGGCAAGAAGAUUUUCCGGAAGAGGAUGGCGGAAUUCAUCAAGGAUGAGCGGCUACUCGAGGGAUUCACGCCAAAGUUUGGCGUUGGAUGCCGAAGGGUGACACCGGGAGAUCCCUAUAUGCUGGCGAUUCAAAACACUAAUGUCGAUGUCCAUUUCACGCCUGUCACACGGAUCACGGAGAACAGCGUCAUCGGUGGCGAUGGAACCGAGGUCGAAGUCGACACUAUCGUCUGUGCGACCGGGUUUGAUGUCUCAUACCGGCCUCGCUUCCCCAUUGUGGGAAAAAACGGCGUCGAUCUUGCUAAUAAGUGGAAGCUGUGUCCUGAAGCCUACCUUGGGUUGGCCGUGCCGGAAAUGCCCAACUUUUUGACAUUUAUCGGACCGAACUGGCCCGUUGAGAACGGUAGUGUUAUGGGACCCUUGUACCAUGUCAGCCUAUACGCGGUCCAGAUAAUUAAGAAGUUACAAAGCGAGUUCGUUGCAAGUCUGACGCCUAAACAACAUGUCACAGAUGCCUUUAAUGAGCAUUGUCAAGAGUGGGUCAAGCACACAGUCUGGUCAGAGAAUUGCAGGAGCUGGUACAAGAACAACGAAACCGGCCGCGUCAAUGCAGUAUGGCCUGGAAGCAGUUUACACUAUAUCGAAAUCAUCAGGCAGCCACGCUAUGAAGACUAUGAGAUUGAAUACCUUGGUCCCGCGAAGAAGAACAUGUGGGCCUUUAUGGGUAUGGGGACGCCGCGGGCAUUAGUCGAGAAGAACGACGUUAGUCCUUACUUGGCCCUUGAGAAUCUAGAUCCAGAAUGGAUGGAGGCUGUCGAUCCAACUGCCUGGCAUCGCAAUGAGGCCUAA